AUGGGUGAUGAGCUGGAGAAAGUGCGAGCGGAAGCUGUUCGCCUUGCAGCUUCCUUGGAAGAAGCGACAGCAGAUAAAAUCAAAGCUGCCGAAUAUGGUAUGUUGCUAUUAGAAGAAAAGCAAGAGCUGCAACAAAAGCUAAAGAUAUUAGAAGAGCAGUAUGAAGCUGCGAAAGAUGAAGUUGAACAAGCAAAUCAGUUAUUGGUGGAGUUUCGAACUCAACACAAAGUUGCCACGAAGACGGAGCUUGAGAACGAACAAAGCUUACUUGAAGAGAGUAGUCGAAAAGAGCAGGAACUGCUUAACCAUAUUUCGAAACUUGAAUCUGAUCUUCGUAAUACAGAACAGGAACUGAAUAGAUCAAAAUCUGAAUUAGAACGGUUGCAAACCGAACAUGCUUCAGCCUCAGAAUCCGGCCAUCAGUUAGAUGAAGAAAGAAGAAAGCUCCGGGCUGAACUUAAAGAAGUUAAAGAGAGAGAGCAGAGAAUUAUGGCGGACUUCACAGAACUCGAAGAAGAAAACAUUAACUUACAGUCAACUGUUGCAAAUUUAAGAGGAGCUCAAACAGAAUUCGAAGCGUUGAAGCUGACAUGCUCACGCUAUUUGGAUGAAAUUUAUAUGCUUAAUUCGGCUGUUCAAGAAAGUGAAACCUUAAAGAACAUCGCUGAUAAACAGGUUGAAGAAGCUCUUUUAACAGCUCAACAAGAAAGAGAACAAAGAUUGGCUAUGAAAAGAGAAUUGGAAGCAGCUAAAAAUGCUGAGCAUUUGAAUAGUUUGGCUGAUAUGCUUCACGGUUUGGAAAGGUUAGGAGAGGAAGGAGGUUCCCUACCACAACCAUCAAAUGAUUUAUUCAGUGAAUUGCAAGGAACUGCUGAUGGAAAAGUCAAGGAAUUAGAAGCACUGAAUGAGAAUUUGACUGAGAAAGUAAAAGAACGAGAAAAAGCUUCUAUCGAUCUCAUAAUAUCCCUGAUGAACCAAUUGAAUAUUAACCAUUCCGGAGAUCUUGACUUUAUCCAUGCUCGCCAACAGAAAGAUGUUGUGAUUGAUAAGAUUGAGCAAUUGCUGAAAGGAAGUAAUGUAGAUAGCUCUGUUGAGAAAAAAGUUCACACUCAGAAAAAUGAUAUUAGAACUCUUCUCUUGCUCGCGGGAGAAAAGAAUGCUAUGUUGGCUGCUACCCAAGAUGCUAUGAUCCAAUUGUCCGAUCAGCUUUACCAAUUCUAUCAUCAACUUGUUCAAAAUCACGGUCUAACUUGUGAUAAAUCCGUGAUGGAAGUUGUUCAUAAGCUUCGUCAACUUGCCAAAGAUAAUGCGGAAGACACUCCUCGGCUUUCACUAGCUGAUGAAGGUGUAGAAUGUGGAUCAGAGGCUGAAACUGGAACAAGAGCGAUACCAUUCCAAGCUGAUCGCGUUAUGUUAGCUCCUUCUUUUAUCAAAGAUGUUGAUGCUAAACUCAAUAGUUGCAAAGUUAAUCAAGUGGCCAGUGAUACAGACCUCCGACAACGUGUUUUGACUGAUGGAAGUGCUGUUUCGGAGACUACUGAUAGUAUGAAAAAACUUCUAACUUCGGUUAAGAGAGCAACUGAACAAGCACUUAACCAAGCCGUAGCUUCAACUGGUGAUAAUGAGGAAAUAAUUAUGCAGAAUAUGAAGCUGAGAAGUCAAUUAAGUACCAAGAGAGAUCAAAUCUCUACAUUGCGUACUGUAUUAAAAUCUAAUAAACUCACAGCUGAGUCCGCCUUAGCUUCUUUGAAAGAGAAGUAUGAGAGUGAGAAGAAAACCAAUCAGGAGUUAGCUGAGAAACAGAGAAAGGAACUCAAGCAAUUGAAAGAAGAUGCAGCUACUUUUGCCAGCCAUCGAGCUAUGUUCACCGCUCGCUGUGAAGAACUCCAAGCUCAAGUGGAAGAAUACAAAGCUGAGCUCAAAGCGAGUGAAGAUGAGAAGAAGACAUUGAACCAACUCCUUAGGUUGGCUAUUCAUCAGAAACUAGCUCUAAAUCAGCGACUAGAAGAUGUUGAAAUCGAUCGAGAUAGCCGGCAAGCAUUGAAACGAACUAAUAACAAAGCAACAACCAGUAGUAGAGAUGCUUUCCAACCAAAAGCGGGGAGGGGUGAAGAGAGAGAACAAUUAGAUAAAGGCGGCAGCCAUUGUCCAUCAGCCAGUUUUACAUCUAGAGAUUUGGACAAUGCUCUUCCCCCCGAUGACCCGCAUAGGAGUGAACCGCUGUCGCGUAUAGAAGCUGAGAAGCGUAUUACUACCGCUAUUGCUGAACUGCGUGCUCAAUUAGAGGCUCCUCGUUUAUUUGCAGGUACUGAGCUGGUAGUUCUCUUUUUGUCGAUUCCUGUGGUUAUGAUCUAUUUAGCUGUACUUAUGCGGCAAAUAGAUCCUAUAUUUUAA